ACAAGGUAACACAGAAUAUCUAUGCACCCAGAAGCUAUUGUAGGGAAGGGUAGAUUCAAUUAUACAACAUAGCCUCCCUCCACCACUAAUCUUUUUGGUUCUCCUCCUACCUACAAAUACACAUCCUCUUUGCUCUUUCCUCUUCAAUUAAUCUCUUCCUGUUUCUCUCUCUCUGGACAUCACAAGAGAAGAAUCCAAACCCUCCCUCCCUCCCUCUCUCUAACGCCGUAGACAAAUCAGAGAUCAAUAAUUCAUUACAGAAAUGGAAAGCAAUUUGCCCGUAAUAUCCAAGAGAGCGUGGAGCAUUGUACGAGUCGUCUUUUUUAUGCUCCGAAAACGCUUCGCCAAGGCAAAACUCUUGAUGGACCUCAACCUCAUGCUCAAACGUCCCGGAAAGAUCGCCGGAAAAGCCAUCGCCAAUCUCAUCUCCCUCCACCACCACGGCAGCUUCGCCGCCUACAAUAAUGACGCUUCCCUGCACUUCUCCACCGCACGCGAGUACGAGUUCAGCUGCGGAAACACUCCGAACUACAGCUUCUUCUCCAAACGUCGUCAUCCCCUUCACUUGUUUGAUUGUGCUCACACGCCUCUCACGCUGGACGAUGACGCGGUGGUUGUCAAUAAUGCCCUUAAGAAGGCGUUGGAGAUGCUAGAUGACAACAAAUAUAGUGAUGUGGCGAAGGGGUCGCCGGCACUUACAGGGUUUGGGCGGACCCCGGCGGCAAGACAGAUGAGGGUGACGGAUUCGCCGUUCCCGGUGAAAGACGGCAACGAUGAGAAGGACGACCAGGUUGACGAGGCGGCGGAGGAGUUCAUAAAUAGGUUCUACAGGGGGUUGAAGAAGCAGUGCUGAGCGCAAUUUUGGAUAUGUUGUGUUGAAUGUUAAUUAUGAUUAAUUAACAGUAAGACAUUAAGCAAUUUUUGAUAUGGUGGUGAUGAUAAUUAUAGAUCCCAAGCUCAGUUUUCACCUUUUGUGGGUUAGGGAUUUCGGUUCCAAGGUCAUUGCUAUUUCAGAUA